AUGGCGCAGGCGCGCGCGCUGCUCGAUCCACAGCCCUUCUGUGCACAGGCGCGCGACCGCACGCACGGCGAGGCGCUCGAGGCGGCCCGCAAGCAGGCGGAGCAGGAGGUGGCACACCACGAGGCUCUGCUCGAGCAACGGCUGGCCGCCGCGGCGCGCGAGACUGCGGAGGCGACCGCAGCCGACCGGCGAGUGCACGAGGCGGAGCUGGCGCCGAUUGGCUCCGCGCUCAUUCCUCGUCGUUGGAUUGAUAGGCGAGUGCACGAGGUGGAGCUGGCGCAGCUGCGGCAGGUGACGGAGGCGACGCUCUCAGCCAAGGACCGGCAGCACGCGGAGCAGGUCAAGCGGCUGGAGGCGCUGCACCGCGAGCAGUGCGCCGCGUACGGCGUGCUGCAGCAGCAGGGCGGCGCACUCUCCAAGCUGGCGACCGACGUGGGAAGAACGGCGGAGGGGCUCGUCGUGCUGCGCGAGAAGAUGGAGCAGGACCUGUGGAAGACGGUGCUCAAGGGCGAGGCGGCGAUGCUCGAGAAGGAGGGGGCGCUCAACGAGGUGCAGGCGCAGCGCGAGAAGCUGUGGGCGGAGCGCGAGGCGCUGGUCGCUGCGAUGCGGAGCGAGCUCGACGCCGAGCAGCAGCGGAUGGCGGCGGCGUGGCGGAGCGGCCGGACAGAGUGGGAGGCCAUGCAGGCUGAGCACAACGAGCUGCGCUCCCAGCUAGCGCAGCGCGCCGUCGAGAUCGACGCGCUGCAGCAGCGCGUCGUGGCGGAGAUGGCGGGCGCCGUCGCCACGCUGCAGGCGGAGCGCAAGCUCUUCGCGCAGGAGCGCGGGCUGUGCCGCGACGAGCGGUCGGCGCUCUCUCGCGCGCUGGUGGAGCACCGCGGCGAGGUGUCGCGCCACCGCGAGGCCAUCUUCAGCUCGCUGGAGGAGCUCGCAUCGGAGAAGGCGCGGUCGGCGCAGCAAGGCUUUCUGAGUUAG